AUGGGUAAUACAUCAUCAUCAAAUUAUGAUUGUAAUCAACAAUCUAAAAAUAAUAAAAAAAAUAAUAAAAUUUCAAAAAAGAAUAAAAAUUGUUCAAAUACAAUAAAUAAUAAUAAUAGCAUUUCAAAUUGUAAAAAAGAAGAACCAAAGAAAAAUUAUAAAUUAAUUACAUUAGGAUCAUCAGGUGUUGGUAAAACAUCGAUUAGUUUUAGAUUCGUUUCAAAUAUAUUUGUAACUGAAUAUGAUCCAACAGUUGAGGAUGCCUAUAAAAAAGAUUAUGUUUUCGAUGGUAAAGAAUUAAAAUUGGAACUUAUAGAUACUGCUGGUCAAGAAGAGUAUAGUAGUGGUCUUCAUGAUAAAGCAAUUCGUAGCUGUGAUGGUUUUAUCCUUGUUUUCAGUAUUACAAGUCGUGAAAGCUUCCAAAAGAUUAAAGAUUUAAGAGAAAAAAUCCUUUGGGUUAAAGAUAAAGAUAGAGUACCAAUGGUUAUCGUUGGUAAUAAAUCUGAUAUGGAAAAAGAUAGAAGAGUUUCAAAAAGUGAAGCUCGUUCAUUAGCUGAAGAAUUUGAAUGUAGAUACAUUGAAACUUCUGCAAAAACUUCUGAAAAUAUAGAAUUAUUAUUUAAUACAAUUCUUGGUCAAGUUGUUGAAAAAAAGAAAUAA